ACACUGUGUCUACCGAAAUACAUCCUUAACAUACGUAAAACCCCACACUCCUUGUCUCUAAGACAUAUCCGCCCAUCACGUCCUCGUUCAUCGGCCCGUCGAUCCGAGGUACCUUACGGCUCUCUUCUCGUACCGCUCUCCGUCCCGUAUCUAGGAUCAUCCCGACCCGCCCAACUUUCAUUCAACCCCACGCUCAACCUCAACAUCUCCUCAAAAUGGCUUCCACCUCCACCUCUACCGAGCUCAAACAGGGGGACGCCUACUACCUCCCCCCUGUCCCUUCAGUAAAGGGCGCCGACACCGAGACGGCCAUAAUCGAAGCCUACCGUAUCGCCGCUGCCAAGAUCGUCUCCGAAGCCGUAGAUAUCCCUCUGGAGACCGCUUACCCUGGUAUCGAUGUCGGGAACAAGAAGGCAGAUCUGUAUGUGGCCAUGCCCAGGUUCAGGCUCGGUGGGAAACCUGAUCAAUGGGCGGAAAAGGUCGUCGCGCAUUUCAAACCGGACGAAUACCUCAGCAAAUGUACAUCUGAAAAAGGAUUCGUAUCCUUCACCCUCAACCACGACACCUUCACCCGCCAAGUCCUCCGACAGAUCCGAAAUGCCACUCCAUCGAGUUCGGUAGGGACGAGCGUCAACCCGCUGGACAAGGCUGCUCAGAAACCGGGGUAUGGGAGUAACAAGUCUGGGCAGGGGAAGAAGGCUAUCGUCGAAUUCUCCUCUCCCAACAUCGCCAAACCCUUCCACGCCGGCCACCUCCGAUCGACCAUCAUCGGUGCCUUCCUCGCCAACCUGUACGAGGCGCACGGGUGGGAAGUGACCCGGAUCAACUAUCUCGGGGAUUGGGGUAAACAGUUCGGCUUGCUCGCUGUAGGGUUCCAGAGGUUUGGGACGGAGGAGGAGUUGGAGGCGAAUGCGAUUACGCAUUUGUACCAUGUGUAUGUCAGGAUCAACCAGGAGGCCGAGGCUGAUCCUUCGAUCCACGACGAAGCCCGAGCGUUCUUCAAAAAGAUGGAAGAUGGCGACAAGGAAGCCCUAGCCCUCUGGUCCCGAUUCCGUGACUUUUCCAUCAAACGUCUCGAAGAGACUUACAAGCGACUCAACAUCCACUUCGACUCGUACGCCGGAGAAGCUGCCGUUAAGCCGGAAAAGAUGGAAGAGGCCUUCAAGAUCAUGCAAGAGAAGAACAUGUUGGUCCAGGACAAGGGGGCUUAUCUGUGUGAUCUGGAAAAGUACAAGUUGGGCAAGGUCGUCAUCAAGAAGGCCGACGGGACCUCGAUCUACAUCGCCCGUGAUCUCGGUGGUGCCGCUCAGCGAUACGAAAAGUACAACUUUGACAAGAUGAUCUACGUCGUCGCUGCCCAGCAAGACUUGCACAACAAGCAGCUGUUCAAGAUGCUCGAGUUGAUGGGCCACGAAUGGGCCGACCGAUUGGAGCACGUCAACUUUGGUCUGGUGAUGGGAAUGUCGACCCGAAAGGGAACCGUCAAGUUUUUGGACGAAAUUCUCGCCGAGGCCAAGGACAGCAUGCACGAGCAGAUGGCCAAGAACGAGGAAAAGUACGCUCAGGUGGAAGACCCCGAGUACACCAGCGACGUUGUCGGUCAGACCGCCGUCAAGAUCCAGGACAUGUCCGCCAGGCGAAUCAACGAUUACACGUUUGACAUCAAGCGAAUGACCUCUUUCGAGGGAGAUACUGGCCCUUACAUCCAGUACUCGCACGUCCGACUCUGUUCGAUCGAGCGAAAGAACCCCAACAUCGUCCUUCCCGAGGACGUCACUCAGAUCAAGACCGAAUUGAUCACCGAGCCCAAGGCCAGGGAGAUCAUCUACCUCCUCGCUUGUUACCCCCAACUCGUCAACGACGCCAUGAGGGAUUAUCAGGCUUCAGGGAUCGUCACCUACAUGUUCAAGCUCACUCACGCCGUAUCAUCUGCUUGGGAGACGCUCAAGGUUCAGGGUCAGGAGGAGGAGCUUGCCAAGGCCAGGAUGUACUUGUUCUUGUGUACCCGGGAUGUUUUGGCGAGCGCCAUGAGGCUGCUCAGUCUGACGCCUCUGGACAGGAUGUAACGAGACUGGAUAUCAUAUUCUAUACGACGCAUGCGCAUAUAUCAUUCGACCGGGCUC